GAAGAAUUGAAUUAAAUUACCAAAAUCACAAUCCACUACGGUUAACCCGCCACCGAGCUUACUCGACGUAAAGGGCGAGAAAUAACCACGACGCGUCGCGUAGGAUAGAGGAGUAGUGAUACUCAAUGCCGGUGGAACCCAUCACAAUCAUCAGCAGCGAUGACGAAGCUCCGGCACCGAUCAUGGCCCCGGCCCCGAGACCGGAGCGGAGGCGUCUCCCCAAUGGGCCCGGCCUGAAGGGACCCAGCCACCGCUUCUCCAACACAAACGGGGACGUAGCCGGCGCUCCGCCUGCCAAGCGGGCAAAAAUCGGAGCGAAUGGCUACUCGUUCGCGACAGCGACAACGACAGUCACGACGGCAACGACAGCCACGACAGCGACAGCCGCGACACCAACAAAAGCCACGACAGCGACAGUCGCGCCAGCCUCGACCUCUAGUGCCCUUUUAAACAACCAACCAAACACGCCGGCUCCCAGUUCGCUCAUCAUCAUCUCGAGCGACGAGGACGACGGCAAGAGCGACGACGAUGCUCAAAUAGCCCCGACGUUGGCCGCCCCGGGCGCCGGGCCGACACCACAAGAUGCUCGGCUCCCGAUCUCCUCUUGGCCUCGGCCCCGGCCCCAGCGAGGCCCGUAUAGGAUGCGGGAAGCUGAUCUUGCUGCUCCCUCUCUGCAGCCGCCAACCGCCACCUACGUCCCCCCGCCUCCCGCCACUACUCCUACCCGGCCCGCUGUCCAUCGCAAACCUCAAGUAACCAAGUCACACAAGAGUCGGAUUCAGCCAACUUCCCCGGCCAAUUUCCGAGCCCGAGGUCGCGCUCUGCAGCUUCAAGCUGCCACCGAUCCUGCGCUGCAUACGUCAGUGUUCGAAGGAGGUAGACGCCCCUACCUCAGGCGCGCUUCCAGGGCCCUUCUUUUUAAGAAGAAGAACCGCUUCGAGAACAUCCCCAACGGCGCCAUAAUCCACGCAGACCUUACUGUCGACGAGGUCGACACUGUGGCUCAGUCUCUUGCCCGAGGCAAAGGCUACCAGGACAUAGUCGCGAUUGCAAAGGGUUACGGGAAGGCCCUCAAGGAACAAAAGUCCGAGGAUAAAAAAGAGUUCAUUGACGAAACGCUGAAGGAGAUCAAGCUUCCAGGCCGGGAACCUGGAGAUAUUGCCAAUUUUUUGGCCGACGUGGCCAAAUAUCGACGAUGGAACAGGUGUCCGAUGGCAAUAGCCCCCGACCAGGACAUGCUGGACCAGGGAAACCGCUGCGCGCGCAACGCAAAGCUGUUUUCCUUUUUAGCAUCGCGAGAAGCGCUCCCACUGGGCUCCAGCACGCUGGUAGGCGCUGACGCGGUUUACAGGGAUGUGCGGAACGGCAUCCGGAGCCUGAUCGAGGAUGAGCUCGAACUGCGGCUCCAAUGGACCAACGCGGCUGGUGACAUCAUCACCACAUCGUGGGUUUCCAACGACGCUUUUAUCUGCGGUGCUACGAGCCAUAGUGACGCACACAACCAGCAGUAUAACAAGUCGGGAAACCUGCUUUUGGGAUCUGCCUCCCAGGGGACCGUCCACGCGUACCCUGACCAUAGGAUCCCGAGGCCUAUAGUGCAGGGAGGGUCGAACGCCUCGGCGGAGAUGGUCGAGAGCCAGGACCCUUGGCUGUAUUCGUCUGUCGUUUUUUCCGACUACGACAGCCGAUACAAUCGAGCAUAUACUGCAAGCUUCGACCACACAGUCAAGGUCUGGAACCUGACGGAUCGGGCCAUGAGGCUUCUCGGCACAUGGGAGCACACGGGCAAUGUAAACUACGUGCUCGCUUCUAAGCAUCCGAGCGGCAUGGUAGCGACAGCAGCCAACGCGGCGUCGGACGCCGUCAGGAUUUACUCCAUCACCGACAACAACGUUUCGGCGAGUAACUAUAGGCCGUUCUCGGCGCCCCUGGCAGAAGGCGCGGCCACCGAAAAAUGGGCUUACUUUCCAUCAACGAUGCGCUGGGGCCUGUCGGCUGGAUCGCUUCACCUUCUUCUCGUGGGAUAUUCGCCUCGCAGCCUUACUGGGGACGACAACGAUAUCCCGGAAGAUAAAAGGCAGUCGGGCGAGCUUAAUCUCUGGGAUGGGCUGAAUGGCGAGAACUGGUCAGUCUCGUCGGCCUCCAAGUGCAACAUUUUUGACGUGGCUUGGCACCCGUCGCAGGAGUGCUUUAUUGCCGCUACCUCGCCAACGGGCACCAAGGAGAAUAGCACUCGCACGCAAAUUCGUGUCUACAGCUUGGCCAAGGAUCACCGACGCACGUACUCGGAAACUAAAACGCUCGACUGCACUGCCGUCGAUGUCAAUAGCUUGACCAUCAUGCCGUACUGUCCUAAGGCGUCGUACGUGACUGCAGGCUGCACAGACGGGAAGACAUAUGUUUGGGACACUGGAUCCCAGGAGGCCCUCCCCUUCCAAAUCCUGGCCCACGGACCCCCUAUCGAGGAACCCGAAUUUGGCAACGUCGAAAUCGGGGAUGUUGGUGUACUAUUCCAAGCAUGGGGCUCAUCACCCGACCGCUUUUAUACAGGCUCGUCGGACGGCACGGUCAGGGUCUGGAAUGUGCGGACUGAGGGCAAGCCGCUGGUCCGGGUGCUUCUGGAAUGCCCUGGCGCCGUCACAUCCGGGGCCUUUUCGCCGGACAAGACGAAACUGGUCAUUGGCGACGGUACGGGCCGCGUAUUUUUGCUGACAACGCAUGACUCCGAGGAGGACGAGUGGGGUGGCGCCAGCGAUGGCACAGCCAAACCAACCAAAAACCUCGGGCAGCCGCUCUCAUCCUCAGCUCUCCCGGGACAGCCGAUGAGAAUCCGGACCGAGGAUGGUGGCAUGCUGACCAGACGGCGGCCAACCCCAAUCAUCCUGCACCCGGAGCCGCCCAGGCCAACGCACGAUGCUGCGGGCAACCCCAUCGCGUACGAAACGGGCGUAACGCUCUCUCGGGCCUUCAUCAACGCCGGCCAGCUUGAGGUGCGCCGGAGCCGCGUCAUCGGCGCGGUGCAGGGGCCCAACUACGACUCGACCGGGCUCUACUGCCGCGACUCGCGGAUGGACCCAAAUGAUCGAAAUUCGCCGCUGCGCUUCGCGGACGCGAAGCAGCAGCAGUCUGCGCUCCGGAAAUACUCCGACGUUAGGGGCGGCAACGGCGGCGGCGCCGAUGUUGCUGGUAGCGAUGCCGCCGCCCGCCCGCGCGGCGAGAAGGCGCGGGCGCUGGCGACGCAGCGCCACGAGCGGAACAGGGCGCUCGACCUGGACGUGGACGCGCUGGACGAGCAGACCAGGGCGCAGCUGGGCGCGGACGUGGUGGCGCUGGCUCGGGACACAGAUUUCGAUCUUGUCGAAGUCGAGCUGCCAGACGAGGUGCUGAGGGACAUGGCUGUGUGGGCAUAAUAUCUAUUACUUUCUUUGUUUUCUUUCCCUCGAGAGGUACCCUCUGUGUCCAUGUUGGGAUAGAUAGUCUCGACUUUAGAGCACAUAUGCGUCGGAUCUUCUUUGCGUCUCCGAUAGGGAGACAGCGCCGGGACUAUCUAGUGGAUAGGGCGUGCUGCUCCUAUCGGGACUCGGAUUUCUUUUCUUUUUUCUUUCUGCUCCUUUGGAACGAAAUAGUGUAGAGUAAGGGAUGCUGCACACACAUAGCAAACGCCAUACAUGACAAAUAAGAUUAGGGAUUCUCACAGACGUGGUAUCCCGAGACAUUCCCCG